AUGACUUCCAAGAUCCGCUGCGGCUACGUGCCGGAACACUUUGCUGCGCCGCUCCUCCAGCUCGCCGACACCGCCUGGGGCAAGGAGCACAUCGAGCUCGUGCUGCAGCCAUCUGGCACCGGUCAGAUGCUCACCUCGCUCGAUGCGUCGCAGCAGGGCGGACAGAAGAUCGACGUGGCUGUGGCGCUGACCGAGGCGCUCAUCACGGGCAUCGCCAAGGGUCGCGAGGACUACAAGCUCGUCGGAUCGUACGUGCGCACCUCGCUCAACUGGGCCGUCAUCACCGGCACCGAUGCGAGCGCCGACAAGUACCAGUCGAUCGACGACCUCAAGGGCACGCACAUUGGCAUCUCGCGCAUCGGCUCGGGCUCGCAGAUCAUGGCGUCGGUCAUGGCGCUCAACCACGGCUGGAAUGCGUCGUCGGAUCCCAAGGACCGUGCCGAGAUCGAGUUCAAGGUGAACGACACCUUCCAGAACCUGCGCAACGGCGUCAAUGGCCAAGAGCCCUGGACGACGUCGUGCUUCAUGUGGGAGUGGUACACCACCAAGCCCUACGUCGACUCGGGCGAGGUGCGAUUCAUCGGCAGCGUGCCUACGCCUUGGCCGUCGUGGACCAUCGCAGCGUCGACCAAUACGGCGCUGGCCGAGGGCGAUGCACGUGGUGCGGUGCUCGCCGAGUUCCUCACCAGGCUCCAGCAGAGUAUCCACGAAUUCGCCAACCCCGACACACGAGCUAGCGGCAAGGCCAAGCAGUUUAUCGUCAACCACCACGGUUACAAGGAGGAAGAUGUCGAGUCGUGGCUCAACACCGUGCGAUGGGCUGACGAGCAGACACCCAAUCCCGAAGGUCUGGAGGUGCCUGCGACGGGUCAGAAUACAAACACGCAGUCCGUCUCGGCUGGUACGGUCAAACACACACUCGAACUGCUCGAAAAGGCGGGCGUGCUCAAGGCCGGUAUCGACGCAGCCAACUUUGUCGACUCUCCCUCGCGUCUCGUUGCCUAG